AUGUCUGCGUCGCUGCGGGCGGUUGUUCCGUUUCUGCGGACUGCGCGGUGCACUUUCAGACAGUCAACAAAUCCCUUGGUCUCGCUGCAGCGCCAGACCUCAUCGCCCGCCCUUAACAUCUCCCGCACAUACGCCGCUGUCUUCCAGCGCUCUAAGCCUCACGUCAAUAUUGGCACCAUUGGCCACGUUGAUCACGGAAAGACCACACUCUCGGCUGCCAUCACCAAAAGACAAGCCGAGAAGGGCCUGGCAAACUUCCUCGACUAUGGCUCCAUCGACAAGGCGCCCGAGGAGCGGAAGCGCGGAAUCACAAUCUCUACUGCCCAUAUCGAGUACCAGACCGACGCACGGCAUUACUCCCACGUCGACUGCCCCGGUCACGCUGAUUACAUCAAGAAUAUGAUUACCGGCGCCGCCAGCAUGGAUGGCGCCAUCAUUGUCGUUGCCGCCUCGGACGGACAGAUGCCCCAGACCCGCGAGCACUUGCUGCUUGCCCGCCAGGUUGGUGUCCAGAGGAUUGUCGUCUUUGUCAACAAGGUCGAUGCCCUCGAGGACCCCGAGAUGUUGGAACUGGUCGAGAUGGAGAUGCGCGAGCUGCUCACCACGUACGGCUUCGAUGGCGACAACACCCCCGUGGUCCUGGGCUCUGCCCUCUGCGCCCUCGAAGGCAAGCGUCCCGAAAUCGGCGUUGAGAAGGUCGACGAGCUCAUGAAGGCCGUCGACGAGUGGAUCCCCACACCCCAGCGCGAUACCGACAAGCCCUUCCUCAUGUCCAUCGAGGACGUCUUCUCCAUCUCUGGCCGUGGCACCGUGGCGUCGGGCCGUGUCGAGCGCGGAACCCUCAAGAGGGAUACCGAGGUUGAGCUGAUCGGAAAGAGCAACGAGAUCAUCAAGACCAAGGUCACCGAUAUCGAGACGUUCAAGAAGUCGUGCGAGGAGGCCAUGGCUGGCGACAACACCGGUCUCCUGCUCCGCAGUGUCCGCCGCGAGGACGUCAAGCGCGGAAUGGUGAUUGCCAAGCCUGGCACCGUCCAGGCUCACCAGAAGUUCCUCCUCUCCCUCUACGUCCUUUCCAAGGAGGAGGGCGGUCGCCACAAGGGCUUCAUGCAAAACUACCGCCCCCAGAUGUACAUCCGGUCCGCCGACGAGUCGUGCACGCUCACCUUCCCCGAAGGAACCGAGGAUGCCGAUUCCAAGAUGGUCAUGCCCGGCGACAACAUCGAGAUGCAGGCCGAGCUCUACCAGCCCAUUGCCAUUGAGGCCGGGCAGCGCGUCACCAUCCGCGAGGGCGGCCGAACCGUCGCCACUGGCCUCGUCACCCGCAUCAUCAAAUAA